GAGACCUGCAAGCCAGGCAAUUCUACAGAACUAUCAACCAUGGCAAGAGCUUAUCCUUCCAGCAUACCCUACUUGAAUGCACUGAAUAUAAUGUGCUCAGAUGGUGCAUGCACUGUGAGCUCAAUGCGUCUGAGAUACAUCAAUCUUACAGGUGCUAAAACACCUCAUUCCUGCUUUGGCACCACCGCAAAGGCAAUUAGCACCAGUCACAAUGAAAGUUCAUAACCUGGGAUGGCUGCUUUGGAAGCUGGCCAAGGAUCAGACACAAGCCCAGUCGCAGCCGGUACAACUUAAAUGCUUUUACAUGAUUUAUGGUCUAACUUAUGGUUAGCAAACACCCUGCUAUUGCUAACGCACAUGCACAACUCAAUUUCAUGUCUCACGUGCCACUGGGAAAACGUUUUGUGUCUCACUGAGUUUCUCCAGCUCCUCAUGCCAUCACGUUGUUAAGCAUGCUGGGGCUUUCCAAGCAGUGCCUGGACUAGCACUAGCUUUGACUCAUAUCUGAGGCUGUUGUCUUCUGACUUUUCCAAGAACUUCACCAGCAUUAGAUAAUGCUGUUUCCCAAUUCUUCCACAGGGCAGCUGCAACAAAAAGCAGAGUGAUCGCCUCUCUUCAUUACAGGUACCUGUGCUUCAGCAGGACCCUUCCACGAUCUGAGUGCAUGCCCACAGUGCUGUCACAGGCUGGCUGAUCUGUUAUCUUUUUUUUGGUACUGUUUGCAACUUUUCAAUCAAACAAAUAGACUUCAUUCCUUCAGGCUAUCUCUAAACACCUCAAGGCAAAUCGGUGUUUAGGUGUAAAAUGCCGUCCCACAAGAGGGGAGUGGUUUCAAGUGGAAGCUGGGAGGAGGGAUGAUUGCAACACAAAAGAGCAAGGGAAUAUGGGAGGCAGAAGAAAUUAAUCUUACCUUGAAAAUCUGCCUGCUUUGCGCACAGAAGUGAGCUGUCUGGCUGCCGCACCUCUCCUUCAGUGCAGGGCAGUGACUCAAGCAAGAAGACGUGUUCACAUUGCCUUCCAGGCCAAGCUGAGAGAAAAGAAUUUGCUCAACCGUCCCAGGAAGGCUUUGAGAAACUCAUCUUUUAUCCAGUUAUCAAGAGCCUGAAACAAACUUCUCCCUGUGCUGCUCAGCCCGCAGAGCACGGACUUGUUUUCCCGAUGCCUAGCCACACCUGGCUGGGGGCUGUGCUCAUCCUUGGGGCACAGCUCCGAGCACUGUGGCCUGUCGCAGCCAUAGAAGUUUAUACUUAUAAGGAGGUGGAUGCUGUGAAUGGAACUAACGUACGGCUCAAAUGCACCUUCUCCAGCAGCAGCCCUAUUAGCCCACUGCUGUCAGUGACCUGGAACUUCCAGUCCGAGGACCUGAGCUCUCAUGAGCCAGUAUUUUAUUAUCUCAAGGAGCCCUACACACCAUCUGCUGGACGGUUCAAAGGGCGAGUCACUUGGGAUGGGAAUAUUGAGCGUUACGAUGUUUCCAUCGUUAUCUGGAAUUUACAGCCCACUGACAAUGGAACAUUCACCUGCCAAGUGAAGAACCCACGAGACAUCGAUGGCACCAUUGGAGAAGUGCGACUCAGAGUUGUGCAGAAAGUGAAUUUCUCCGAAAUCCACUUCCUUGCCAUAGCCAUUGGGUCUGCCUGUGGUUUGAUGAUCAUUGUGGUGACAGUUGUGAUUAUCUGUCGACAUCGUCGGAAGAAACAGCAAGAGAAGACGAUCGAGGUGGCAGACACUGAACUUAGAGAAAAGGAGAAGCUGAGGAAUAUAGAAGAGAAGGAAAUCACUCCAUUAGAAGACUAGAGGUCUCUGAUAGUAUAUACAAUGCAGGUACUUCUAAAGCAGAUGGUGAAAGCUUGUAAUUUUGGAUCUUAGAACAAAGCUGAAUUACAGACGCCUGAUGCUGGAAGUGUGGCAUCCCUGCUCAACCUGAAAUUCUUGCAAGAAAAGAGUGGCCUCAACAUAAGUUGUAAAGUGUUAUUUCCUUCACCGGAGAACAACAGGAGGCCCUUGCCCCGUGAACAAGGAACUGUCCUUAAUCUCCACAGCUGCCAAACAUGAGCAAAUUGGUUGUGAGGAUGAAAUGUCAGCCAAUUUGAACAAAGCACCGAGAUGAGUGACUGGAUAGAUAUUUGCUGUGUCUGAGCAGGCACACACUCGUGCACCUUAAAAAUCCAAAGGUACAUUCGGGCUGCCAGGUUAUUGUGCCCUGUCUGGGGUCACCUAAAGGAAGACCAUUAGGUGAGGGAUCCGAGGAGCUGCUACGGCGUACUUUAAUCUCGUUGCUACUUUAAAUGGAAAGUGUUACAGAUAACGAACGUCUGCUGUUUCUUGUUAGGGAUAACUGGACCGGUGGGUGUGUUUUUCACUCCAGUAGGCUUUGUCCAUGGGGUAGCUGACAAAACAUCCUCCCACUGGCACAGCACCAUUUCUCUGGAUGCUGCUCAAAGCCCCACGUACCAACCAGCACAUCGUACUCCUGUAAAUCCAUCCGUUUAACACUGUAUUCCCAUCCAACCUCAAGCAAACGGAACCCCAGGUCACUAAAACCUCUGAGCUAUUCCGGCGUUUAACCAACACUAAGUCAAAAUGUCAGCCUGUUUAUUUAAAGGGUAACUUUAUGGCUUCAUAACUCUGCGUGUAACGUGCUGACCGCGUUAUCUGUUUGUACAGUUUUGUUUUCUAUCGUGUCCAUCGUAAAUAAACGCGGUUCGUGGGUAGAAGUGACAACGUUAUGGAGAAAUUCACAUCGCACGCCGGGCUCCGUCCCGAGGCGCAGACCGCGGCCUACC